AUGGAGAACGACGUCCUCAAAAAGUUCGCCGCGCUCGACCUCCACUACUUAAUUAUAGGAGUCAUCGAGGCUGGCCCCUCGGUCCUAAACGACGAUGAUAACGGGGCGAUUAAUAUCCCUGGCCGGUAUGGCGAAACCAUUGGCUCCCAGUACGAUUGGAAAUUUGAAACAACCCCACAGCCAGGCCUGGGAGGAAGAUCGCUGCCAUGGCCACGGGGUCGGGUAUUAGGGGGCACAAGUGCACUUAAUUUCAUGGCCUGGAAUCGGGGUCAUCGCAAAGACUAUGAUGCAUGGGCGGAACUGGGAAACAUCGGAUGGGGAUGGGAUGACUUACUGCCUUUUUUCCACCGUAGCGAGAGGUUCCAUCCACCGAGUGCCACCCAUCAGAGACAUUAUCGAUCUUCAUACGAUUCCCAAGCCAAUGGAAGGGAUGGCCCUGUGCAUACAACUCAUGUCAAGCAGUAUGGUAUCGCACAUCAAUAUUGGCACGACACACUCAAUGCUCUAGGGGUGCCGUCCAGACGCGAUAGUUUGGCUGGCGAUAAUACAGGCGUUUGGAACAUGCUCUGCAGCAUUGAUCCUGAUCACCAGGAGCGCAGCUACUCUGCGUCUGCGUACUAUUCACCUAUUGCAGAACGCCCCAACUUGCAUGUACUUACUGAAGCAACUGCUAUGGAGAUCCUGUUAGAAUCAAAACAGGAAGAAUGGCAUGCAAGAGGGGCUCGAGUACGCUGGCGUGGAAUGGAAGCCAGCAUCAAGGCACAGAAAGAGGUAAUUUUAUGUGCCGGUAGCGUGCAGUCGCCGCAACUCUUAGAACUAUCGGGUAUUGGCAAUCGGGACGUGUUGAAAGCUGCGGGAAUUGAGUUGAAAGUCCACAGCGCCAAUGUAGGAGAGAAUUUGCAGGAUCACAUGAUGACUGCCACCAUUUUUGAGAUCCCCUCUAGACUUCCCACCCGUGAUGAUAUUCUCAAUGACCCAGUCCAGCGGGAAGCUGCCGAUCAUGCUUAUUAUGCCUCUCAGACCGGGCCUUGGACUGUGAUGCCCUGUUCUGUGGCAUAUUGUCCUCUUUCGCAAAUCCUCUCGCCCGAGGAAUGUACCGAACUACACACACAAGCCAAGGAGAUAGCGCAAAUGAUAGGGCGCCCGCAUGAUGCUAUUUUAGCUAGUCAGUUUGAGUCAGGCCAUGCGUGUGGUCAGAUAGAAUAUCUCUUCGAUCUUGGCAACUGGAGCCCGCACUUCGUUUCUGAGCCUGGAAAGAAAUACGCCACGAUGUUGCAAAUGCUGCAGUACCCUUUCUCGCGCGGGUCUAUCCAUAUACCUCCUAGAAGCCAUGAAGGCCAUGGAAAGGCUACGAUUGAUGAAAAGCCCGUGAUCGAUCCGCAGUACCUUCUCGGGCCAGGCGAGAUUGACAAGAAGGUCAUAGCCAAAGCACUCAAGUGGGGAAAUCGCAUCUGCCAAACCGAGCCUUUGGCAAGCCUGAUUCACAGUCGUGUCUUUCCUCCAUCUGCUACGGGACAAGACUCGGAAGAAAGGAUAUGGGAAGAAUUUGUCUCAAACUAUACUGUCACCGACUGGCACCCCGUUGGGACCUGUGCUAUGGGGAAUGCCGAUGGCACUCACGCUGGGGUCGUCAAUGAGAGACUACAGGUUCAUGGGGUCCGGUCCCUGCGGGUUGCAGAUGCUAGUAUCAUGCCAUUGCAGGUUGGUGCGCAUAUCCAAGCCACUGUAUAUGCGAUUGCCGAAAAGGGGGCAGCAAUGAUAUUAGAUGACUGUGACCUAUUGGAUCAUCUUUGA